AUGCAGGUGUGCAGCAUGCUAGUGUGCAGCGUGUCGGUGUGUUGUGUGCCAGUGUGUACCAUGACGGUGUGCAGCGUGUCAGUGUGUAGUGUGCCAGUGUGUAGCAUGCCAGUGUGUAGCAUGCCGGUGUGCAGCUUGCCAGUAUGUAGCGUGCCAGUGUUAAGUGUGCCAGUGUGCAACAUGCAAGUGUGCAGCAUAUCAUUGUGUAGUGUGCCAGUGUGCACCAUGCCGGUGUGCACCGUGUCAGUGUGUAGUGUGCUAGUGUGCAGCAUGCCAGUGAGUGUCGUGUCAGUGUGCAGUAUACCAGUGUGCAGCAUGCCAGUGUGCAGCGUGUCGGAGUGUAGAGUUUCAGUUUGCAGCAUGCCAGUGUGCAGCGUGUCAGUGUAUAGUGUGCCAGUGUGCAGCAUGCCAGCGUUCAGGGUGUCAGUGUGUAGCAUGCAAGUGUGUGCAGCAUGCCAGUGUGCAGUGUUUCAGUGUGCAGCAUGCCAGUGUAAAGCUUGUCAGUGUGUAGCGUGUAAGUGUGUAGCAUUCCAGUGUUCAGCAUGCCGGUGUGCAGCGUGUCAGUGUGUAGCAUGGAAGUGUGCAGCAUGCCAGUGA